GUGGUGAGCAGCGCCAUAUAAACUUCUCGCUUAACUACUACUUUCUUUUGAUUCGAUUUACUGUCUCCCUCCCCUCAGCGCAUCAUGGGAGGCAAGCGUAAGAAGUCCAACAACGGACCCGUCAAGAAGGAGAGCAAGUACAAGAUCCCGACCCGUUUUGACUGCCCCCUCUGCGACUCCAAGGCCACCAUCGUCGUCAAGAUAUUUCGUUCCACCAGCGACGCCACGGUGCGGUGCCGUGUCUGCGGUGCCGGUGGAACGAAGCGGUGGAACGUGCUACGGCUCGAGAAGCCCGUCGACGUUUUCUUCCGCUUCCAUGAAGCGCUCAUUCAAAAGGAUCAGCAGGACUUGCAACGGGUGGAGAUGAGUCGGGAGGCGCAGCAGGCGCGGCUGAGCGUUGGUGGGUUAUCCGCUUCCGUGGCUGCAGGGCACACCGCGGACGGCAUCGAUGGCUCUCUGCACAGUGCAGCUGCGCUGGGAGGCGAUGAGAGUUGGGCGGGCGGUCCGGCCACCACGACGACAACGCCUGCGGUCACCAGCGCGGUAGCCGCAGCGCCGUCAGCACGGCCGGUGCGCUCCCUCGGUGAGCUGCAGCGGAAGCUGGCCAUGUCUGCUGCCCCAACCGCCGCCCCAAUGUCGCAGGCGUUCUCCUCUCGCGCGAUCGAGCUGGGCGACGACUUUGAGGGGGAGGCGGAGGGGGCGGCGGCGCACUACUUCGCGCCGCGGCAGGACGUGCACAGCGGACAAGACGCGGACGACGAGUACGACCAGCUGUUUCAGUAA